AUGUCCUCUACUUUCUUUGAUAUGCUUAACAAACGGGCGAAAACCACGUUGCUCUGUAUAGGCUUAGACCCACGGGCUGACACUGCAGCGGCAGCAGUUCUCGAGUGCAAGCGGAUUAUUGACACCACAUCCAACUAUGCGGCGGCAUAUAAGCCUAACGCAGCCUUUUUUGAGUGUUUUGGAGCAGCCGGUUGGUCGGCACUCGAAGAAGUGAUCGCUCACAUUCCUCAGGACAUUCCCGUUUUGUUGGACGCGAAGCGUGGUGAUAUCGCUGACACGGCAGAGGCAUAUGCGAAAUCUGCCUUCCAACGCCUCAAGGUACACGCCAUAACUGCUUCACCAUACAUGGGGGGUGAUUCCCUGCAACCCUUUCUGAAGUACUCAUCGAAGGGAGUAUUUGUUUUGUGUAAAACCUCCAACAAGGGUUCCAGUGAGCUUCAAUGCCUACAAACAAAUGGGCAGUCUCUAUAUGAAACCAUUGCCGAACGUGCUGAGAGAGUUUGGAAUUACAACCGUAAUGUCGGUUUGGUUGUUGGUGCCACGGACCCUGUUGCCCUCUCCCGCGCACGAGCAUGUGCCCCCACAUUGUGGAUUUUGGUUCCUGGUGUUGGAGCACAAGGCGGCGACCUGAAGGCAGCACUGCAAGCUGGGCUGCGUACGGACGGGAGCGGUCUGCUAAUUAAUGUCUCACGUGCAGUAACCCAAGCGAAAGAUCCGCGCGCGGUGGCACAAAAGCUCUGCGAGGAUAUUAACCGUAUCCGGCUGCGCACAAACAAUGUGUCGGAAAUGGCAGGCGCACUUGUGGCAUCGCAAUGUGUACGCUUUGGUAAGUUCACUCUGAAGUCAGGGAAAACAUCGCCCAUUUACAUUGAUCUGCGCCGUCUCGUAACACAUCCGUUGAUAAUGCGUUUGGUGGCCCGUCACUACGCGCGUAUAUUAACCACUAUGCAGUUUGACCGCAUUGUGGGUUUGCCCUACGCUGCGCUCCCUAUUGCGACCGCCAUUUCACUUGAGAUGAAUGUUCCUCUUAUCUACCCACGCCGGGAGAGGAAAGAUUAUGGUACGAAGGGUCUCAUUGAGGGAGAUUUUCAGAAAGGCGACCGUGUGGUAAUUGUUGACGACCUCGUGACAACAGGUGAGACAAAAGUAGAGGCUAUUGAGAAGCUGAAGGCAGCCGGGCUUCAUAUUGUUUCCAUAGUUGUGCUCAUUGACCGAGAGAUGGGCGCCAAAAAGUUCCUCGGUAGUCUUGGUUAUGAGUUCCAUGCAGUUGCCACACUUUCUCAAUUACUCCCGCUUUGGUUACAGCAAGGCGCCAUUACGGAUAAGCAGAUGCGAGAAGUCACCGCCUUCAUGUUGGAAUCCACUAGCAAGCUGUAA